GUUAACAUUUUCCAUCCUCCUCUUUUCCCUCCACCGUUUUCUGUUUCCCUCCACUUCGCUCCCUCUCCCUCCCUAGAUCUAAAAUUUGUCUCCAAACGCCCCCAAUCCUUUCCCCCCCUCUUUCUCACUCGCUAUAUACUCUCCUCCCUCUUCUUUCCUUCCUUUUCAAAUCUCAGAUCCGCAUAUCACUACCACUACACAGAUCAAGCUCUACUAACCCUAAUCCCGCAAUCUCUCUCUCUCUUUCUCUCAUCUUUGAUCGGAGCUUUCGAGAUCGCUAUUUGGGCUUUUCUCAAUCGGAUCAUUAAGGCGCGAUUUUGAUAUGCUGGAAAUGGAUCUGUCGUGCGAAAAGGGUCCGGGAUCUACAGAUCCGAGUAGUGAGGAGUCGGCGACGGAGCUCAGAGUCUGCGCCGACUGUCGCACGACCAAAACCCCUCUAUGGCGAGGCGGCCCCUCGGGCCCAAAGUCGCUGUGUAAUGCGUGCGGGAUCCGAUACAGCAAGAAGAGGAGAGAGGUUUGGGGAGUGAAGGAGGGAGGAGAAAGGGAGGGGGAGAGGGAAAGGGAAAGGGAGAGGUUGGAGCAGAAGGGGAGGAGGGGAGGACGCGUGGGCUUCGAGAUUCGGAUGCUAGGGUUUGGGGCGAAGGUGAUGCUGAAGAAGAGGUCGAUGGUGUACAAGAAGCGGAAGAUGGGGGAGGAGGAACAAGCUGCUGUGUUGUUAAUGGCUCUAUCUUCUGGGUUGUUAUAAUUAAGUGUGAUUUAUGUUGGAGACAGAGAGAGAGAGAGGAAGAGAGAUUACAUAUAAUAUAAAUUUAUAAAAGAAAAAAUUGAUGGAUUUUUGGAUGA